AUGUCAUCUAUGAAUGUUUGUUUACAUGAAAUAUUUUAUUAUGUAGGAAUAGAUGCGAAUAUAGCCACUGAAUUUGUAUCUGGACUAUUUUUCGGAGUAAUCAUUGGUUCACGUAAUUAUGAACACGGACAAGUGAUUAAAGUUUCUCUUCAAACAGAGGACUUUCGUAUCCUUAUUAAAUCAAAUACAGCAAUUAUUCUGAAAUAUGAUACUAAUACAACAGUUGCUGUUAUUCGUCUUGAAUUAAAAGAAGUUGUUCAAUUAUUUGGAUAG